UGAUGUAUUGACGACAAAAAAAAAUGUCCAACUUUGAUAAAGAAAAAAUAGUAUUGCCACCGCCACCACCAGCAUCAACGAAAACCAAGUUGAAAUUAAAACGGGUACAUACAAUUUCCGGAUCAUCAACAACGGCAACAACAAGUACAAAGAUUAAUAAUAAUAAUAAUGAUAAUUUUCAUCCACCGGAUAUAAGCAACAACAAUAAUAACCAUCAUCAUUUUAAUAAUAAUAAUGAUAAUGAUAAUGUUAGUCAUCAACAGACUGCUGCAGCUAAAUCAACAAUAAAAACAUUGUCAACAACAUCAUUGCCCGAACAGAAUAGCUAUGGCCAAUUCACUAUGGAUAGCAUUGAUUUAGAUCGACUCGAUAUUGAUGAUGAUAUUGAUUCAUGUUCAUUGGAUCUUUGGUCCAUAACCAAGGAACAACAAUCAUAUUAUACUAAACAAUUUAAAUUAUUACAAGGAAAUUGUAUCACCGGUACAAUAAAGGCUAAUGUUGCAAAAAUAUUUUUUGAAAAAUCCGGUCUCAAUAUUAAAGAUUUAUCACAUAUAUGGAAAUUAUCCGAUAUCGAUGAAGAUGGUGGUCUAUCAUAUGCUGAAUUCUGUGUAGCCAUGCAUUUGGUUGUACUUAGACGUAAUAAAGUAGAAUUACCUAUACAACUUCCAUUACCAUUACGAAAAGCAUAUCGACGAUUAAUGAUGUUAACAUCAACAUCAACAUCAACAACAUUUUCAAUGGUGAAUAAUGCACAAAAACAGCCUAUUGGUAUUGUUCGAUCAAUUAGUAGUGGAAGUAGACAACAUUCCAAUAAUAAUAAUAAAAUGAUGAAUACUGAAAAUGGUACUAGUGGUGGUGGUGGUGGUGAUAGCUUUCCAAUAAAAAACGAUACAUCAUCAUCUUGUCAACGAAGACAUAGUCAAAAUUGGACACGAUUCACUAAUGAUUCACCAAACAUGUCAACAAUCAAACAGAAUAAUAAUAAUAGUAGUAUUGAUAAUAAUAUCGUAUCCAAUAAUAAUACAUCACCAGCAAAAUUAGCAAAUUUUGAUUACAAUAUAAUUGAUGUUAUUGCUACUAAUCCAAAUAUUCGUCAUCCAGUACCAUUACGUGUAUCACCAUCAUCACCGGCAUUGUUCGAUUUAGAACAUUGUAUUGUAAUGGAUUCAAAUCAAACUAAUAAUAAUAAUAACAAUAAUGAUGAUAGUAAACGAUCAUCAUUGAAUGAUUCGUUUACAUCAUCAAAAUCAAUUGAUUCAUGUCGUGAACAAUUUUCUCCAUUCAAAAUUAUCAAUCAUCAUCGUUCAAAUAAUAAACCGAAUUCACCGAAUGAAUUUUUUACUCGUAACACUUUGUUGCCAACCACAACCACAACCACAACAGGAACAGAUUCAAAUGGCAUACAAUCAUUGAAAAUCGAUUCGAACAACAAUCCGUUAUCAUCAUCAUCAUCAUCAGAUAAUAAUGGUAUUACUGUGAUACCAUUUGAAAAUGUAACAAAAAUUGAUGAAUUACAACAAUCGAUUCGUAUUUUGAAUGAAUCAAAUCAACGUUUACAGCGUACAAAUCAAGAAUUAUCAAUAGAUUUAUCUGCUAUGAUUAAAAUUGUAAAUCAUUUGAUUAAACAAUAUUCAUCCAGACAACAACAACAACAACAACAACAAUGAAAUAUUGUUUCUGCUUGUUAAAAAUGAAGAAGAAGAAACAAGAUUACUUGCUCUUUCAUAAAUAAUUUCAAAUUCAUUGGUCACAAACUCUAUUAUAUGGUCUUUCUUUCACCAAGAAAAAAAAAUACUUUGAGUGAAACUAAAAACUUAUAUAUAUAAUAUAAUAUAUAUCCAACACACCUCAUUUUCUCAACUGUCUGUCUCUGUCUCUCUCUCUUUCUCUCAUUUUGCAUUACAAAAUAUUAAUGUUUUUGAUUUGAAAUUUUUUUUCCUA